AUGACCAGAGUCCAGGAGUUUGUCUUGCUGGGUUUGUCCACCAGGCCGGGCAUAAGGAAUGCCCUGUUUGCUGUCUUCCUGACCCUCUACCUGCUGACCCUCCUGGAAAACACCCUCAUCAUCUACCUCAUCUGCAGUCACAGCGAGCUCCACAAGCCCAUGUACUUCUUCUUGGGUAACCUGAGCUGCCUAGAGAUGUGCUAUGUGUCAGUGACCAUGCCCAGCCUGCUCCUGGGGCUUUGGACUGGACCCUGCCACGUACCCUUCACAGCCUGCAUAAUUCAGCUUUUUUUAUUCAUAGCUUUCAUUAGUACCAAGUGCACCCUCCUUGCCUCCAUGGCUUAUGAUCGCUAUGUGGCCAUCUGCCACCCACUCCACUACCCACUGCUUAUGAGGCCCCAGGUCUGCCUGGGCUUGGCCUUGUCUUCAUGGCUUGGGGGGCUGCUGGUCUCAGUGGUCAAGACAUCCUUCAUUGGUAGCCUGUCCUACUGUGGCCCCAAUGUCCUCAACCACUUCUUUUGUGACAUCUCCCCUCUGCUCAACCUGUCUUGCACCCACGUGGCUCUGACAGAGCUGGUGGACUUCAUCUCUGCCAUCAUUAUCUUCUGUGGGUCAUUACUAGUUGCUUUGGCCUCCUAUGUAGCCAUUGGGAACACUGUGCUCCACAUGCCAUCGGCAGCCACCCGUCGCAAAGCCCUCUCCACCUGUGCCUCACACCUGUUGGUGGUGGGCAUGUUCUACGCAGUGGUCCUCUUCAUAUAUUCCCACCCCAGCCACAUCAAUUCCACAGGGCUCAGCAAGGUGCUGUCAGUCAUCUAUACGGUGGUCACACCCAUGUGCAGCCCUAUCAUCUACUGCCUGCGGAACAGAGAGGUCCACGUCACGCUGCAGAAAAGUCUCCACUUGUGCUGGGUCUCUUCAGUGAGAACUGACCUUGCCCACUCUUGA